CUGAACAUAGCCCUGGUGAACAGGGAACAAUCCUUCAUAGGACUCCUGGGACAGAAAGGAUGUGUGACUUCAUAAGCAGCUUUCAUUUUCUAGGAAUCUGAAUGCCAAAUCCAUGCACACAAAUUGAAAUAAAGGAAAUCACUUAAAUCAGACCUUCCCGGUAUUUUUGCAGACUGUGCUAAGAAUUUCAGAAGAUAUUAAUCUGGGAGGGGAAAUCAAACAAUGUACAUAGAGAGGCACGAUUUUCACCACUAGUGCAGGCAGUUUGAGUUGGGGCCCAGAUUGGGAGGAUGGAUUGCUCAGGCUGUUCAGAGCGGGGGAAAUGAAACCCUUCAUUUUGCGGCAGUGGUUCAGAAGGGAGGCUGUUGCACUGAGGCAGGCCAAGUUUCUGAUGAGCACUUUAGCUGUAAGGGUCAAGAGAGUUAACCUUUGAUUUCUGGCUCAAGAAAGGACAGAGAGGGAUACUGAAGGAAGAAGAAUGUACAAGCCAAGAUACUGAAGGAGGGGAGAUCAUUGCAAGUACUGGGCUAGUGUGUCAGGACCUCAUGAGAGUUAUUGGUGUCUUUCAGAAGAAGUUGUACCUUACAACAGUAACAACUGAACCCUUUCUAACAUGCACUGAAUCCACUUGUCUCCCUUGCACAUUUUACCUCUCUGGAGUGCAGGAACCCAGCUAUAACUGAGUGUUAUUCAGCAGCAGGUGUGGCACAUGAAUUUUCAGCUUUACUUUGAGGACUGUGACUUCCUCUUGGCUGGAACAUGCAGUGAGAAUACUGGCAACCUGCCACAUCUUGAUUUAGCACAAGGACCCCUCCCUCCCCUUCCUCUACAACCUUUACAUCAUGAUGAGAGGAGGAAAAGAAGAUUUUGCUGACAGAGGAUGCCCAAGGCUUAGAGGUAGGAUUUUAAUUUUGGAAGCCAUUCACAUAUCUCAUUGAGUUCAUGAGAUGUGAGCAAACUGUAUUGAAGGAGAAGCUUCCUGGGCCAAAGAACAUGAGAAGCUGUGUGACUGGAUAUAAAAACACAUUGAAAGUAUACAAACUAAGGGAUGCAAACAACAGCAUGUUAAUCUGAAACUUUCAAUUUUCAGACUAUUGCAGCCAACUUUCAUGCCAAUGCACUGGAUGCAGGAGAUUUAACCUGAAUACAGCAAUAAAAAUAUAAUUUGAUUUUUAUCUCCUCAACUUAAAUAAGCAAUGAAGGCCGUAUAUUCUAUUCUGUAGAUCAGCUGCAGAAACACAUCGCUCAGAACAGAGGAAGGAUUUCUCAGCUGUACAUAUGUCAUCUCUAUGCAAAUUCUUUUGCAAUUUCUCUCAUUUGGCGUGAGCCAUUCCACUUGGUACUUUCCCUUGGCUAGAUUUGUCACCUGUCCAGCUGCUCAAGAACUAGAUACCGUGUACAUAAUCCUGUACAUAAUGUACUGUGUACAUAAUCCUGUCUUCCAUUAUAUUACCCUUCCUUAUUCCUCAAGGUAUGCAUGUUAAUUUUAGAAGAGGCACAUAGCACUUUCUCACACUUACCAUACAGUAUUAUGAAGAGACACUAGUUGCUUCCACAGAGAUAAAGCAGAGGCAAGAUUUCCAUUAGGCUUUCUCCCUACAACCUUGUAACUGCACCCAUGCCAGAAUUGUGAUCUGCUUGCCACAAUUAUGAGCUUUGGCUGGGAUUGAUCUUUUUCCCUUGAAAGUCUGAGGGAAAUCAGUUAAGGUGUUUGGGAAGUACUAGACUGCUAAUAUUGGGAUGAUCUCACUGUAUAGCUAUUUUCCACCAGAGUUUAUGUCCCAUCUUAUCUCAAAAAUGGUUUGGCCUAGAAACUCCAAAUGUGGUUUAAUACAGUCUGUUGUCCCUUAGGCGCUCUAGUAUCUUUGCCUAGUUUCUGCCAGCCGUGUACUUCCUAAACAGUGGGUCCUAGCUGUCAGCUGGAUGGGGCCUACAGGAGCUACAUGCAAUCUGCUCAGUCUUGUCUAUACUAGCAAACAUACCCAUAACUCUCUACCAGUGCAGCUCCACCAGUAAUAGCAAUGAUAGAAUGAAAGCUGUAAUACAGACAGAACUGUGAUAUAUGGCAUCUAGACAGAGCUCGACUGUAUGUCUGCUCAGAACAGUGUUAGAUGACGGGGCAAAAAUGUCUGAGUCCUGCCUAUGAUACAUGUUUUGGCAGCUGUUGUUCCUCCUAUUGGUUGAGCUGCACUAGAAGUGAAUUCUGGCUAUGAAGUUUGCUAGUGUAAAUGCAGCCUUGGUAUGAUAAUUCUCUGCAGAGCUCUGUAGCAAUCUGGCUUUUUAACUGUUCUUAAUUUGUUCUUUCAGGUGAUUCAUAUAUUGGUGCUUUAGGUGUUGGUUAAGUACCUUCAGCAUUGUUUGGUUUGAGGUGAGGUUGUUUGCAUCACUGGUUAGGAAACUAUAAUCUGGGAGUGAUGUUAUAUUGGGUGGCUCAUGUUUUCAUUUGCAUUUAAUUUUUAAUCCCCUAGUGCAGGGAGUGUUUGCUGCAUUGACAAAGUUGCGUAUUCUUUUCUGUAUGUUGAUUAGGAGUGGGACCUUAGCUAGUUCUCUGCAGCCAGUGUUGCUCUAUGUACAUAUAAGCUCUCUUUCACUCUCUCACACACACUACACAUACUGUACUUACACACAUAAUGUAUAUAUUCUUUGGUCCUGGCAAAUUCAGAGAGAAAGGGCCUGAGUUUAAGUGGCUUUUCCAGCUUUCCAGAACUCGUUCAUCUCCAUUCCAGAGUAAGUUCCCUUCACGGGUUAAAUCUGAACUCUGCACCCUCCCUCCUACAGCCCUUGAUUUGUGGAUUGUCUCCCAUAGGUGACUGGGCAAGGAGUAAUCUUUAGAGUCACACCCCUGACAGAAUGAGGAUAUAAGACCGGCACCACAGAAACUGAGAGCCAGAGAGAAAGCAGCUUAGUUUCUGCUCCUCUCUCUCUCUCUUCCUGCUCCCCAACUUGAAUCCUAGCUCAGAGGCUUCCAGGUAGCUCACUUUGGGGCGGCGCUUGUGGCAGGUCCCCACAGAGAUGUGGCUCCUUCUCUUCAGCACCCUGGCCCGACUCCUCCAAUCUGCUGUCACGGAUGACCCUGUCCCGAAUUACGUGGUUGUGGUGCCAGCACGGCUGAGCUAUCCCUCCAUGGAGAAGGUCUGCAUGGACUUGAGUAACGUGAAGAGCUCCAUGCUGCUCACUAUCACCCUGGAGACAAAGAUCAAGACCUACAAGCUGGUGGAUGGGUUCAUCUGGGAGAGGAGACAGCUCAAAUGCUUCAGCUUCCCUGUCCCACCUCCUUCAGGGGGCACUGAGGAAGUUGCUACCAUUCAGCUGUCUGGAUGUGGGAGCAGGAGCAAGAUAGUUGAGAAGAAACAAGUCCUGAUCGAGAGGGCCAGCAACAGCACUUUUGUGCAGACUGACAAGCCCAUCUAUAUGCCUGGACAAUUGGUGAGGUUUCGAAUUGUCACUCUGAACAGCAAUUUCAUCCCACUGAAUGACAAGUAUCUGCUGGUGGAGCUGAAGGAUCCUGAGAAUAACCGGAUUGGCCAGUGGCUUAAUGUGAAACCAGUGCGAGGCAUCGUGCAGUUGUCCUUCCAGCUGGCAGCCGAACCGCCCCUGGGAACGUACACCAUCACUGUGGACAGUGGGAAGGCCUACAGCACCUUCAGCGUGGAGGAGUACGUGCUGCCCAAAUUCAAAGUGGUUGUGACUGAGCCAACUUGGAUCUUCACAUCGGAUACAUCUUUUCCACUGAAAGUUUGUGGCAAGUACACCUACGGAAAGCCUGUCCAGGGUACAGUCCAAGUCUCUUUGUGUCGGACAGCAUAUACCUGGUACAUGGACAGGACAGAGUCAGAGCCCACAGACAUCUGCCAGAAUGUCACAGGCCAGACUGAUAAAACCGGUUGUUUCUCAGCCUCCGUGGACUUGGCAUUCUUCAGCCUUGUCAGCCCUCGGUACAGCCACAGUAUAAAUGUGGUAGCCACUUUGGUGGAAGCUGGAACAGGCGUGGAGGCAAACGCUACCCAUGUUGCGUUUAUGUCUGAGAAAGCUGGGUCAAUGAGCUUUGAGGAUUCAGACAAUUACUACCACCCGGGGUACCCCUACAGCGGGAAGAUCAAAGCCCUGGACCGAGAAGGCUCCAUACUGAAGAAGCAGCCCGUUUUCUUGGUUAUUAAUGCUGGGAACACCCAGUCCCACCAAAAUCUCACCACCGAUAGCACCGGGGUGGCUACUUUCACUUUGGACACAGCCACGUGGAAUAGAAGUGAGGUCUCUCUGGAGGGAAGGUUCAGGCUUCCGGAUCUGGUAUCUGACUCUACAAGGAUCAGUCAGUAUUACCUGAAUGCUUUCCUCCACCUGAAGCCAUACUACAGCACCACCAAGAGCUACCUCAAAAUCCAGCGGCUGCCAGGGGUGCUGCCCUGCGGCCAGAAGCAGGUGGUCCGGGUGGAUUACAGCAUUGAUCGAAUAGAUCUGGGAGGCAAAGCCAGAGAAAUCCUCUUCUCCUUCUAUGUGGUGGGGAAGCAGAAGCUCAUCGGGGAUGGUCAGAAACGUGUCGACAUCAAGAAGAAUGGUGGGCUGAUGGGCUCUUUCUCCAUCCCUCUCACCUUCACCUCCCACUUUGCUCCUAACCCCUCUUUGGUGGUUUAUGCCAUGUUCCCUGAUGGGGGAGUCGUUGCUGACAAAGUCCAGUUCACAGUCUCCAUGUGCUUCAAGAACGAGGUCAACCUGGAGUUCUCGCAGCAGCAGGACCUGCCAGGGGCAACUGUGAAUCUCCAGCUGAGGGCAGCUCCCAACUCGCUGUGUGCCAUCCGAGCUGUGGACCAGAGCGUCCUACUCCUGAGGCCAGAGAGGGAGCUCUCCAACAGCAGUGUGUAUGGGAUGCUCGAUUUCUCAAAUGGAGGUUACCCCUAUCAAGUUGAUGAGUACGAUGACUGCUAUAUAACAAGGCCAUUUCCAGUGCCUGUCCUCAACCCUGUGCCAGUAGACCGCAGAAGACGUUCCAUCAUACCGAGACCUUGGUUUGACCAAGGGGCUGACUUCUUUAGCUUCCUAAAGGAGAUGGGACUGAAAAUUUUAUCAAAUGGCAAAAUAAAGAGACCCCUGGAUUGUCGUCCCUAUCCCAUCUGGUAUGACACGGAACAUAAUAUAAUGGGGGCACCCAGGCCACCCCCUAUUAUGGAGGAUUCAGGACGUGUCCCUACAGCGGAGUUUCAGCCGCCAUCAGUGGAGAAAUCCAGAGAGUCCCAAGUCCGUGAGUUUUUCCCUGAGACCUGGAUCUGGGAGCUGUAUCCCAUUGAAAGCUCAGGUAACAAGCAGGUCCCAGUCACUCUCCCUGACACCAUCACGGAAUGGAAAGCCAGCAUGUUCUGUACCUCGGAGAGCAGCGGCUUUGGGAUCUCACCUACAGUGGGGCUGACGGCCUUCAAACCUUUCUUCGUGGACCUGACCUUACCCUACUCUGUGAUCCGCGGGGAAUCAUUUACACUGACUGCCACUGUCUUCAACUACCUGAAACAGUGCAUAAGGAUCCAGAUUAUGCUGGCCAAGUCAGAGGAGUACCAGGUGAAGUCAUAUAAGGGCUGUGAAUACACCAGCUGUCUGUGUGCUGAUGAAGCCAGGACCUAUUACUGGAACGUAACAGCCACCAAACUGGGUGAGGUGAACUUCACCGUCACCACAGUGGCACUGCCCAGCAGAGAGCUCUGUGGUGGUAGGAAAGUGACGGUGCCAAAUAAGGGCCGCAGUGACACCUUGAUCAAGCCUCUCCUCGUCCGGCCGGAGGGCGUCCUGAUGGAGAAGUCUCACAGUUCCCUGCUCUGCCCAGAAGGGAAUUCUGCCUCAGACUCAGUCUCCCUGCAGCUCCCUGAGGACAUGGUGCCGGAUUCAGCCAGGGCCCAAGUGUCCGUGCUGGGUGACAUCAUGGGGACGGCGCUGCAGAACCUGGACCAGCUGGUGCAGAUGCCCAGCGGCUGCGGAGAGCAGAACAUGGUGCUGUUCGCCCCCAUCAUCUACGUGCUGCAGUAUUUGGAGAAGACAGGGCAGCUGAGUGAGGAGUUGAAGACAAGAGCUGUGGGUUUCCUGCAAACAGGGUACCAGAGGCAACUUCAAUACAAACACAGAGAUGGUUCCUACAGUGCCUUUGGAGAGAGCGAUGGAGAAGGCAACACAUGGCUGACCGCAUUCGUGACCAAAUGCUUCAUUCAAGCCAAGCAGCACAUCUUCCUAGAUGACAAGAACGUUGAGGAUGCUCUGAAGUGGAUAGCAGGGAACCAGCAGGCCAAUGGCUGCUACGCCAACGUGGGGAAACUCCUCCACACGGCAAUGAAGGGUGGGAUAAAUGACGACAUCUCUCUGGCUGCUUACAUCACUGGUGCACUGCUGGAGGCAGGAAAGCCACUCAAUGACCCAAUGGUGAAGAACAGUUUGCAGUGCCUCAGAAAUGCUUCCUCCAAAGCCACUGAUCUCUACACCCAGGCACUGCUGGCGUAUGUCUACUCACUGGCUGGAGACACUGUGACAAGGCAAUUACUGCUCAAUAAGCUGGACCAGCAGGCCAUCAAGUCAGGAGGGCAGAUACACUGGAGCAGGAAACCAGCCCAGCCUCCCACUGAGUACAGCUGGUCCCAGCCCAAGUCUGUGGACGUGGAGUUAACCGCCUAUGUGUUACUGGCUCUGCUCGCUACAGAAAAAGUGUCCAAGGAAGAGAUUGCUUCUGCCACUGGCAUUGUGGCAUGGCUGGCCAGGCAGCAGAAUGCCUAUGGGGGCUUUGCCUCUACCCAGGACACUGUGGUUGCUCUCCAAGCUCUUGCUAGAUAUGGAGCAGUGACAUUCAUCAAAUCCGGAAACGUCUCUGUGACAGUGAAAUCAGGAAAGAACUUCCAGCAGUCCUUCCAUGUGGAGGCCACCAACCGACUGGUGCUGCAGCAGCAGCCUCUCCCUGACAUUCCUGGAAAUUACACCAUACAAGCAGCUGGCACAGGCUGUGUGUAUGUGCAGACAGUUCUGAGGUAUAAUGUGCCUCCCUCAAAGAAUGCAGGGACCUUCACCCUGAGCGUGGGAGUAGGAGAGAACAAGUGUGAGAAGCAAACACUCCCUCGCUUCCUGUCCCUCAACAUCAGCGUCAGUUAUGUGGGGAGCCGUGGCACCUCCAACAUGGUCAUUAUCAAGGUGAAGAACCUGUCUGGAUUCACGCCUGUCCGGGGCACCAACUACUUUCUCCAGCAGCAGCCAUUUGUGAAGAGAGUGGAGACUGGGCCUGAGGAUCUCACCAUCUAUCUGGACCAGCUGAAUAAGGAGACUCAGACAUACUCCUUCACCAUGAGCCAAUACAUUCCAGUGAAGGAUCUGAAGCCAGCUGCAGUCAAAGUCUAUGAUUACUACCAGCCAGACGAGCAGGCGACGGUGGAAUACGCAGAUCCAUGCCAGUGAGGGGAUGAGAUAGACACACCUUGUCCCUGGUGUAAUUCACAGGAAUUCCUGGUUCUUCCAUUGCACUUAACUUCUGAGCCAAGGGGGAAGAGAAUCUCUAUCUACACUGCUCACAUGCAGCUCCAGAAUGCAUCAAUUAAACCUCUCAUCGAUCCAGUAAGGGGGUGGGGAAGGAAGAGGUUAUAGGGUGAAUAGAAGAAACCUUCAUUCCUCUCUAUAUAGAAAGAAAAGGAGAAGAGCUGAGUGCCACACAGAAGGCAAUCUCAAGGGAAUACACAGGGGGCCUGGGCCAGUUGAGAGCUAGGUAACCCCCUUUAACAUUCUCCUAGAGAGAGGGGUAGGAAGCUACAAAAAGAGGAAUCUGGGGGAUGCACCCAAAGGGAGAAUGCAGGGCAGUUAAUGUUUGGGUGCUGGGUUGAUGGAGCUACUGGGAGGGCUAGAAAAUACCUACUGAGAAUUAGAGUGUGAUGGAUGUAGGGUUAGUUUGCUAGGAGGGGUCAAUCUCACAUCAUGGGACUAUGUUCAUAUAAUCGAUUUACAUAUUGAGAGUUGUUAAUAAAUUGCAGUUUUGGAUGUCUUUUGGCA